GUGGAGAUCUCCCCCCGCUUGCUCCCUCUCCAGCCGGAAAAUGAAGCAACACUCCGACUGGAUGUUUUUCUCCCGCGCUGGGAGGAGACGGGUCUCUUGAACCCGCCACCCACCCGCAGCUCUUCGGCCCGAAUCGCUUCUGCGCCAUUCUCCCCAACUUGGAUCCGGAGCGCCUCUCCCCGCAUUAGCCGCCGGGAGCCCCAGAUUAUCUACCGGGGGGGGCUCCAGUCGGGGGGGGCGGGGGAAUGAUGUCCCAUGACACGAGCGAGAGGCCCCCCAACCCGGAGCCGCCCCCCGCCACGGUCUACGUCCUCGUGGAAGACCCGCGAUCCACGGACGCGCUCCAGCUGCUCAGCUUCAACUCCCUCCUUCCAGAGUCUGGGAUUGUGGCUGACAUUGACCUGGAGAAUAUCCUCUCGCUGAGCAGUGACAACUUCUACGAACUGAAGAGCCAGCCCAUUGGAGUCAGCCCGCCGAGUGCCCCAGCUCAGGGUCCCGCCAUGUCGUCCCGCGUGCUUCUCCGGCAGCAGCUGAUGCGGGCGCAGACGCAAGAACAAGAGCGCCGGGAGCAGCAGCAGGCAGCACAGUUCACUCCGGCGCCCCCGGCCCCUUCCACGCCCGCCAUUUCCAUGAGCCCCCUCGCUCGCCCUGCCCCUGCCCAGGUUCCUGUGGAGGUACUGAAGGUCCAGACCCACCUGGAGAACCCCACCAAGUAUCACAUCCAACAGGCACAGAGGCAACAGGUGAAGCAGUAUCUCUCCACUGCCAUGGGCAGCAAGAUAGCAACACAGGCUGUAGCUGGGACCAGUCCGGGGGCCUCCACCUGCUCCCCACAGGCUGCCUCUGCUCCUGAGCCCCAACAUGGUUUGGCCAAGCAGCCGGGAGUGGCAGGGGGCCCUGGCAGUGCCCCCAAUAGCCCCAUGGCUAUGCUGAACAUUGGCUCCAGCUCUGAGAAAGAGAUUGAUGAUGUAAUUGAUGAGAUCAUCAGCCUGGAAUCCAGCUACAAUGAUGAAAUCCUUAACUACGGAGGCCUACAGAUGCCCAGCACUCUGCCAGUCUCUGGAAACCUCCUGGAUGUGUACAACAACCCAGGAAUGAUGGAGCCAGCUGUGACAGUUAGCAACUCCUGCCCGGCUGACCUGCCCAAUAUCAAGAGAGAGAUGUCAGAAAAUGAAGCCAAAGCAUUCCUGAAGGAGAGGCAGAAGAAAGACAACCAUAAUCUGAUUGAGCGGCGACGGCGGUUCAAUAUCAACGACCGUAUCAAAGAGCUGGGGACUCUCAUCCCCAAAUCGAAUGAUCCGGAGAUGCGCUGGAACAAAGGAACCAUCCUCAAAGCCUCGGUGGAUUACAUCCGGAAGCUGCAGAAAGAGCAGCAGCACUCAAAAGAGAUGGAACUCCGGCAGCGCAAGUUGGAACAGGCCAACCGCAGCCUGCAGCUGCGAGUGCAGGAGCUGGAACUGCAAGUGCAGAUGCACGGUCUGCCCUUGACUUCGGCACAGGGGCUUCUGACUCAGCCCUUGGGAGGAGACCCGGUUCCUUCCUUUGCAGAGUCCCUGGACCUGCCCUUCACAGCAGAGGAACUGGGUCUGGGCCUUGCUCUGGGCUCCGACGGGGGAGCCCUGCAGGAUGUUCUCAUGGACGAUGGGACUGCUCUGUCCCCGCUGGGUGCCUCUGAUCCGCUCCUCUCCUCCGUCUCGCCUGGCGCCUCUAAGGGCAGCAGCCGCCGCUCCAGUUUCAGCAUGGAAGAUGAUUCGUGAUGGCAGCGCUUGGGACUUUUCGGCAGUGGAAGAGGAGCCGGAGAAGGCUCCCACCCUUACUCACCGUGCCCUGCUCCUGCUCUUGACUGUUCCUCUCCCUCAAAUCUU